UUGGCUAUGCCAAUGGAGAGCCGAGUGAGUGUGAGCGAUACACCGCCAUCGAAACGAUCUGAAGCAACUGAACAAGUUGUGGAGGAUGUGGAGAUGGCGGACAAUCUCUCAGUAGACUCAGACGGAUCUCUGGUACCGAGUAAGUCUUUGACAACGGUUAAACCUGGUGUGAAUCAGGUAAGUACCGGUAAAAAGACCGAAGUUAUUGGAGAGUCGAACGCAGGUGUUGGUCUAACCGCAAGGCAGAUCAAACGAAGAAGACAGAAGGCGAGGCAAGCCGAAGCACUAGCUAAGGCAAGGACUCAAGCUCCGUCAACUUCGACACCUGUAACGGAAACGGGAAAGCGUGGCAGAACAGAGGAUUCCUCUGUAGCGCUGCGCUCUUCCGGAAACGAAACGGGGUCUGUGCCAACGACCGGGAAGAGGAGGAAGGCAAAGAAGAGGAAAGUUGAAAAACGCAAUUCGGAAAUGCCUGCAUCCUCGACCCCAUCCAAGGCAGACAAACCUUUGCCUGACAAGGCAGAGGCUAAGGGACCUCAAAUGUCGAAUGACACUCUUCCGUCAACGUCUGGCGAAUCAUUCGCGAGAAUGGCAGCAAAGGCAAUGACGGUGGAGAUACAUACCGACAAACAAGAUGGUCUACUGUCCAAAGGGCAACAAGACUAUCUUGACAGCUAUCUGUGGAAAGCUAUCGGUGAGUCGAAAGACGCGCCGACUUUCGAGGGGAAAAGCGUGGUGGACGGCAUCGUAAAGGUGCACUGUUCCAAUGCUUUUUCCCGAGAAUGGCUAGAAAAAGCGAUAGCAAAAAUCCCAGCCUGCGAAAACAGCAAGUUUAUUCUUGUUGAGAGUAGCAAAGAAAGGCUGGUACGAGCGAGUGUCUGGAUUCCGGGUCCUUCCUGUAAUUCAGCAGAACUCCUCAAACGCAUCCGUGUUCAGAAUAAGGAUCUUGACACGACUCUCUGGAGAGUAUACUCGUGCACCAGGCCUGUGGUAUAA